AAUAAAGUUGACCUAGCACAGAUAAUUCAUACAUAUGUAGUCAAAAAGAAGAGUCUCAGUUGACGUAAUUUGAAUGGCUGACAAUAUAAUUUGUGUGGUCUCGUGGACUGUAUGGAUCACUCGGAAGCCGACAAAGGAGCCAAAACAAAAAGGCGAUAAAAGGAAAACUCCAACGACACACAAGAUUGACUCACAAUCUCACACCUAUUUACCGCUGCACUAUGUGUCAAUACUAGCGUACUGGAAUCAUGCACGUAUGUGUCAUUACCCAUAGCAACGACGUCACUAUAUCUCUCGCAUUGACUUGCAAGAUGCUUAUAAUUAUCUGUCACAUAAGCCUCUUAA